CACAAAGGGAGUCCCGGGAGGCCUCGCCCGCGGCUGGCCGACCAUAGAGAUGCGGCUCCUGCCGGCCUGGAGCCGGGAGCCUUGCAGAUUACAAAACGGUUUCCCCAGUGGCCGGCUUUGACGACUCCCGCUCCCGCACAAAGAUGUGAACGCUGUCAUCACCUCCACUUUACAGAGAGGAAAGCUGAGGCCCAGAGAAGCGAGGGGACUGUCUGUCCAAGGCCACGCGUUGACUCGGAGCUCACAGGCAGCUUAUAAGAGGCCACAAUUUACAAGUCGGUUGUAAUGACAGACCCUGUAUUGGACACACAGCCAGUUGGCAGUACUGGGGAGAUGGAUGGACUCUGCCCUGAGCUAUUGCUGAUCCCCCCGCCUCUCUCUAAUCGUGGAAUCCUGGAGCCCACACAGAGCUCCUGUUCUGCAAACCCUACACCUUUGACAGCUGACCCAGGCUGCCUGCUUGUAGAGGCCACAGCAACUGAAGAGGACACAGGAAACAUGGAGAUCAUUGUGGAAGCAGUAGCUGGAAACCUGUCCCCAGGUGCUCCUGGAGAGACCCCAGGUGUCCUGGUAAAGGUGGUGGAGGUGUACUUCUGUGAGCACUGUGAGCAGAGCUUCGCAGAGCCCACUCUGCUGGCCCUGCACCAGUGCCCUGAGACCCUUAUACAACCUGCGCAGGACCUCUCUAACCCCCCAUGCUCUGUCGAGCUGCCCCCCAGCAGCCUUACUCUACCUAGCCCUCCACCGGGCCAGAGCCCACCAGAUAGCCCCCUGUCAUGCCCUGUGUGUAGACAGGAGUUUGCCCAACCCCAGGCCCUGAAGAGCCACUUCAAGAUUCACCGGGGCACUCCUGACACCUUCUCCUGCCCAGAGGCUGGCUGUGUGUUCUCCACUGAAGAUCGAAAGGGCCUGCAGCACCACCUGAGGCAGACCCACAGAAUGGUUCCUGUGCCCUGUUCUUUCCGGGGCUGCCCUCUGCUCUUUGGGAGCCAGCAGGGCAUGGAACUGCACCGGCAGGCCCAUUACCCUUUCCACUGCAGACAUUGCAGCUUCAUGGGCUCCAACGUCAAACUCUUCCGGCAGCAUCAGAGGAGCCAUGGGGCCAGGACCCAAGGAGAACUGUCUGCCAUUCAGGGUCUUCCAUCCCAGGAGCUGCUGCCAGCUCCUAAACUACCCCCUGGAGAGGGAGAGACUUUGGAAGAAACUUGCAUGCCCUUGCCUGGGCGUGAGUCAGCUGAAGAGGGGGAUGUAGAGGAGGAAGAGGAGAGCAGCACCCAGAAGGAUUCCCAGAAAGCUCUGGAGAAAGGCCAGGGGACACAGCAGUUAGAAGAUGUGGCCCCUGGCACCGAGUCCCUCUUCAAGACCCACAUGUGUCCAGAAUGCAAGCGCUGCUUUAAGAAGCGGACCCACCUGGUGGAGCACCUACACCUCCACUUCCCAGACCCCAGCCUGCAGUGCCCCAACUGCCAGAAGUUCUUCACCAGUAAGAGUAAGCUCAAGACCCAUCUGCUGCGGGAGCUGGGCCAGAAGGCGCAUCGCUGCCCGCUGUGCCACUACAGCGCCGUGGAGAGGAACGCGCUCAACCGCCACAUGGCCAGCAUGCACGAGGACAUUUCCAACUUCUACUCAGACACCUAUGCCUGUCCUGUCUGCCGUGAGGAGUUCCGCCUCAGCCAGGCCCUUAAGGAGCACCUCAAGAGCCACGCAGCAGCCGCUGCCGCAGAGCCACUGCCCCUCGGCUGCUUCCAGGAAGGCUGCAGCUACGCCGCGCCCGACCGCAAGGCCUUUGUGAAGCACCUGAAGGAGACCCACGGGGUGCGCGCCGUGGAGUGCCGCCAUCACUCGUGCCCCAUGCUCUUCGCCACCGCUGAGGCCAUGGAGGCCCACCACAAGAGCCACUAUGCCUUCCACUGCCCCCACUGCGACUUCGCCUGCUCCAACAAGCACCUGUUCCGCAAACACAAGAAGCAGGGCCACCCUGGCAGUGAAGAGCUGCGCUGCACCUUCUGCCCCUUCGCUACCUUCAAUCCAGUGGCUUACCAGGAUCACGUGGGCAAGAUGCACGCCCACGAGAAGAUCCACCAAUGUCCUGAGUGCAGCUUUGCCACCGCCCACAAGAGGGUGCUCAUCCGCCACAUGCUGCUGCAUACUGGCGAGAAGCCUCACAAAUGUGAGCUGUGUGACUUCACAUGCCGAGACGUGAGCUACCUGUCUAAGCACAUGCUGACGCACUCCAACGCCAAGGACUACAUGUGCACCGAGUGUGGCUAUGUCACCAAGUGGAAGCACUACCUCAGCGUGCACAUGCGCAAGCACGCCGGCGACCUCAGGUACCAGUGCAACCAGUGCCCCUACCGCUGUCACCGGGCUGAUCAGCUGAGCAGCCACAAGCUGCGGCACCAGGGCAAGUCCCUGAUGUGUGAGGUGUGUGCCUUUGCUUGCAAACGGAAGUACGAGCUGCAGAAGCACAUGGCUUCCCAGCACCACCCCGGCACGCCAGCCCCACUGUACCCCUGCCGCUACUGCAACUACAAGAGCCGCCACAAGCAGGCCCUGCUGAGUCACGAGAACUGCAAGCACACCCGCCUCCGCGAGUUCUGCUGCGCCCUCUGUGACUACCGCACCUUCAGCAACACCACCCUCUUCUUCCACAAGCGCAAGGCCCAUGGCUAUGUGCCUGGGGACCAGGUCUGGCAGCUCCGUUAUGCCAACCAGGAGCCAGAGGCAGCCAAGCAGUGCCCAACACCCCCCGCAGCGGCAGAGCCCUCCAGCCAACUGUCUGUCCAGUCCGAGGGGUCAGGCCAUGACCCCGGGACCAUGAUAAACCCCAGCAUGGAUCAGGCGCUGCCAGCAGCCGGUGAGGAGGGCAGCGCCGAGAGACAGGGAGCCAGCGAGGCUCCCCAGGCGGACGACCUGGUUGGUAGUCCCAGUCCAGCAGAGGUAGAUGAAAGUGGCUGCACACUGCACCUAGAGGCCCUGGGAGUAGAGCUGGAACCUGUUGCGCAGCGCCCCCUUGAGGAGAUCACGGAGACAGCCCCUAUAGAUUUCAGGGCCCUGGAUCCAUCAGGGCCACUGACACUGGAAGAGUCAGACGGAACUUUGACAGAGUUGUCUACCUUUGAAAGCGCUGGGACUUCUGGCUUAGGUGCUGAAGAGGAGCCCAUUCUGGAAAAGGCAGUCCCUGGAAACCCCAGUAACCUCUCUUCGUCAGAGGAGCCCCCUAACAGUUGGGUGGGAACUUUGAAGGCAAUUCUACCCACCAAGACAUCACCACUGCCCCAGUUUCCUGAGUCAGAGUCACUGCUCAAGGCCCUAAGGAGGCAGGACAAAGAGCAGGCAGAGGCCCUGGUCCUGGAGGGGCGGGUUCAGAUGGUGGUGAUCCAGGGCGAGGGCCAGGCCUUCCGCUGCCCGCACUGCCCUUUCGUUACCCGCCGGGAGAAGGCCUUGAGCCUGCACUCCCGGACGGGCUGCCAUGGUCGUCGAGAGCCCCUGCUGUGCCCUGAGUGUGGGGCUAGCUUCAAGCAGCAGCGGGGCCUCAGCACCCACCUGCUAAAAAAGUGCCCUGUUCUGCUCAGAAAGAACAAGGCCUUCCCCAGACCAGACUCGCCCACCCCGCUGCGUCCUCUAGGCGCCCAGGCUCCCGAGGACGCAGGAGGUGGGGAACCCCCGUCUGCACCAUUAGAAGUGGAGCCAGUGCCCCCCAAAGGUGCCCCUUCUGCGCUUCCUAGGGAGCCAGAAGAAGCAGAGAAGCCUCUUGCUAUAUUCCCUGACUCCAUAGUGCCUCCCGCAGCCAGCUCCUCACCCACAGAGACCCCUGAGAAGUUCCACUUUGAGCAAGGCAAGUUUCACUGCAACUCGUGCACGUUCCUUUGUUCUCGGCGCUCCUCCAUUACCUCUCACGUGACAGAGGGCUGCCGGGGUGGGAAGCGGAGGGCCUCCCAGACCCAGCCUGUCGUGUCCCUGCUGACUGAUGGGGACUCUGCUCCCCUAAAUAGUGGGAGCACAGAGUGUAGCGCUGACAGCGGGCACCCAGCUCUGGCUCCAAAGCAGAAGGGGGCUCGCUUCUCCUGCCCCACGUGUCCCUUUAGCUGCCAGCAGGAACGCGCCAUGAGGACUCACCAGACCCGGGGCUGCCCCCUCGAGAAGUCUGGAGAGCUGCACUGCAGCCUCUGCCCAUUCACCGCCCCUGCGGCUGCUGCCCUGAGGCUCCAUCAGAAGCGCAGGCACCCCUCCGGAGCCCCGGCCCGUGGCCCCCGGCCCCCCCUUCAGUGCGGGGACUGUGGCUUCACCUGCAAACAGAGCCGGUGCUUGCAGCAGCACCGGCGCCUCAAGCAUGAGGGAGUGAAGCCACAUCAGUGCCCUUUCUGUGACUUCUCCACCACCAGGCGGUACCGCCUGGAGGCUCACCAGUCCCGACACACGGGCGUUGGCCGCAUCCCCUGCAGCUCCUGCCCGCAGACAUUUGGGACCAACUCAAAACUGCGCUUGCACCGGCUAAGAGUGCACGACAAAACCCCCACCCACUUCUGUCCCCUCUGUGACUACAGUGGCUACCUGCGCCAUGACAUCACACGCCACGUCAACAGCUGCCACCAGGGCACCCCGGCCUUUGCCUGUCCCCGAUGUGAAGCCCAGUUCAGCUCCGAGACAGCCCUCAAACAACAUGCUCUACGCCGGCAUCCCGAGCCUGUGCCCCCGGCCCCUGGCUCUCCUGUGGAGGCCGCCGAGGGCCCUCUGCACUGCUCCCGCUGUGGGUUGCUGUGCCCCAGCCCCGCCAGCCUUCGGGGACACACCCGGAAACAGCACCCCCGGCUCGAGUGUGGAGCCUGCCAGGAGGCUUUUCCUAGCCGGCCGGCCCUGGACGAGCACCGCAGACAGCAGCACUUCAGCCACCGCUGCCAGCUCUGUGCCUUUGCCGCCCGGGAGCGGGCGGGCCUGGUGAGGCACUACCUGGAGCAGCACGAGGAAACUUCAGCAGCGGCGGCAGCCCCGGAUGGGGGUCAGGACGCCAGUCAGCCCCCUCUGCGCUGCCCCUUUUGUGACUUUGCGUGCCGCCACCAGCUGGUGCUAGACCACCACGUGAAGGGCCAUGGGGGCACCCGGCUCUACAAGUGCACGGAUUGUGCAUACAGCACCAAGAACCGGCAGAAGAUCACCUGGCACAGCCGCAUCCACACUGGAGAAAAGCCCUACCGCUGUCACCUCUGUCCCUACGCCUGCGCUGACCCGUCCCGCCUCAAGUACCAUAUGCGGAUCCACAAGGAAGAACGGAAGUAUCUGUGCCCAGACUGUGGCUACAAGUGCAAAUGGGUCAACCAACUCAAGUACCACAUGACCAAGCACACAGGACUGAAGCCAUACCAGUGCCCCGAGUGUGAGUACUGCACCAACCGGGCUGACGCGCUGCGUGUGCACCAGGAGACACGGCACCGGGAGGCGCGGGCCUUCAUGUGUGAGCAGUGUGGCAAGGCCUUCAAGACUCGCUUCCUGCUGCGCACCCACCUCCGCAAGCACAGCGAGGCCAAACCCUACGUGUGCAAUGUGUGCCACCGUGCUUUCCGCUGGGCCGCCGGCCUGCGCCAUCACGCCCUCACCCACACUGACCGCCACCCCUUCUUCUGCCGCCUUUGCAGCUACAAGGCCAAGCAGAAAUUCCAGGUGGUCAAACAUGUGCGCAGGCACCACCCCGACCAGGCUGACCCAAACCAGGGCGUGGGCAAAGACCCCACCACCCCCACGGUGCACCUUCACGAUGUGCAGUUGGAGGACCCCAGCCCUCCUGCUCUUGCCGUCCCCCCAACUGGACCUGAGGGCUGAGAGCCUAUUCUCCCUCCCAGGCGGAAAAAGGACGUCGCCCAAGAUGUGCAGACUGGAACCAGAGCUAGCCUGAGGAGCUCAGGGCCUUAGGAGGCGCUGGCUUUGGGGUAUCAGGGAGGCUGGACCCCUCUGGGACACAGCUGUAUUACUUUGAAUUUGAUGGCCACGACCACCGAGUGGUUUCUUACUGAGGCAUACCGUUUUUAACUUCUGAGUCCCUAGUUUCUCAUAACUCCACCAAAGUUGCUGGCUGUAAGGUCUUGAUUUCACUCAUUUCUUCUUCACUUUACCUUUUAUUAUGUCAAGUCUUUUUUUUCUUUCAGCAUCCUUUAAACAGUUGUAUCUAAUUGCAUGUGCUGUUGUGCCUAAUGGUCUAUAAAGCAUGUUAAACAGAAUGACUAAUAGCUUGUAGAAUCGUCCAAUUCCAUCUUAACAUUUCCAGGCCUCCUCUCCAUCUGCUGUUGCCUUUCAGACCUCUGCCUCUCCUUUGUCUCCUGUCUUCACUAAGUGACUGGUUAUCGAAAGGCCCAGGUCUGCCUUCUCUCUAUCUGAGGCUGCCUUGGCCUUCACCCUGCUCCUUAUUUCCAAGCCCCUUUGUCUACCUGUUGAAUGAGGAUUGCUACCUACAAGACCUCCGGAAGCAGUUUUAAUUCAGGAUCAAUCCUCAAUCCGGCUCAGCAGCUGCUCAAAAGUAUAAGAAUAGUAUAAAAGUCCAAUCAUUGACAGGGUAAAUCUCUAGAAUUCUCUAAGUGUCUCAUAGUGACUAUACAGUAAAUUGUCUAAAACUUUCCAGGCACACUGGGAAAUUAAUUAUGCUGGUAUAGUCAAAUACACAUGAGGACUAUUCCAGACAAACCGUUCAGAAAGACGAGGAUCACAAAACCCUUUGUCUCCGUUUGCCCUGCCUCCUUGAAGCUAUAACUCUUUUAUUUAUUUAUGCAUAUUGAACUGGGGUACAGGCCAGAGGUGCAGGGGUGGUGAGAGGAUUCACCAGA